GCCCCAGCCGCGGUUCUCCUCGGCCGGCCGGACCCGCCGCUCCCUCGGGUCGCGAAGGCAGGGCCUGAGCCCGGGGUUGCGAUGGAGACUACGUCCCUGGAGCACCAGAUCCAGAGUGUUCAGCGGCACAUUGCCUUCUUGAAGAAGGAGCAGAUGGAGCUGCUGCGAGACCUGCACCUGGAGAUUCUGCGCCUGCAGAAGCACUGCUCAGAACUAACUCGUGACCUGGAAACCAAAGAGUCACAGUCAGACCAGCAAGAGGAGGCGUCGCGGCAGCUGGAGGCCAAGUGCCGGGCGCUGGAGGAGCAGCUGGCGGCGCGGGAGCGAGGCAACGGCGAGCUCCGGCGGGAGCUGCGGCAGCGGGACGCGCUGGUGUGGGCGCUGCGCUCCAGCCUGCGCAGCAAGGAGCGCCGCUUCCUGGAGGAGCUGCGGCGCCGCAGCCACCGGGCCACCGUGCUGGGCACCGAGCUGCAGAAGCAGAGCGAGGCGGCCGCUUCCCUGGCCUUCCCGCUGCGCGCGGCCCGGCCAGAAGCUGCACGGGCCGCCCCGCGCCGUCCCCGGCCCCGGCCCCGCCCCGGCCCGGCCGCCGUCGGGGGCGCCGCGGCCUCCGGGGGGGCGGCCCCCGCGGGAGGAGGCCGGGACCGCGCUCCGCAGCCCGACGGCGGCCGGGCCAGGAAACGCGGCCCCCGCGCCCGCCGGCCGCCCCCGCCCUUGUCGCUGCUCCCCGAGCCAUGCGUCCUGGGCGGCGCCAGGGACUGGGCUGCCUGGGAGCUGGGCUGCAGGCUGGACGAGGCCGAGCCCGAGCCCAUGCCCGACCCCGCCCUCUUCCUCAACGCCCGCAGACCUCCGCGACCCAAGGGCCGGGACAGCGCCCCCCCAACCUGCGCCAGCCCCCGCAAGCCCCCGCCCCGGGAGCCCCCCGAUGCCGCCGGCCCCGCCCAGCCCCGCUCCUGCAAGAGUCCGCCCGGGAGGCGGCCGGCCGCCCCCAGCCCCGACAGCACAGUCGACCUAGAGUAGGGAGGAGGCUGGGGGCAGGGGUACAGCGAGAUGGGACGGGACCCCUCCCACCCCGGGGCGGACCGGGUGGGACGUCACCCCCUAGGCCGAAAGCUAGAGCCCUGGCACAGGACUGACCGGGGAGGGGAGACACACCGGAAGCGCCUCGGGCGCCCUGCUUGGGCCCGGAGAAGUCAGGGAGGGUGUGGGCCAAGUAGAGGCUGGAAAUG